UUCAUAAACAGCUCGUCAACCACCUCGGUCGCUUGCUAGCCAACAUAGCCGUAAGAUUCAAGCUAUUUAUACGCUUUCGGUGUAUAUUAGCUGCUGUGUUUUCGACACACUUAGGUCGUAUCAACUUGUUAACCUAUUUAAUAUUACGUUAUUUUGUAUUAGUCAGCUAUAGUAGCUGGCUGGUUAAGUUAGCACUGGGCUAGUCGCUAAUGAUAGCUAGCUAGCUAACAUCCCCGAACAUGAGCUCCAUAAACUUCUCCCCUCCUGUUAAAGAAGAGGAUAAGGUCUGCUGGACGGAGAAAGGAGGUCUGUGGCUGAACAUUAACGUGAAAGAGGAGGAGGAAGAAGAGGAUGUCACAGUAAAUCAAGAAGUAGAGGGUGAGGCUGUUACAGUGAAAGAAGAAGAGAAAGACGUUUCAGUGAAAGAAGAGGAAGACGCGUUCAGAGUUAAAGAGGAGGAAGAUGAGAAAGAGGAGGAUGUAGUUUUUGGUGUGAAAGAGGAGGGGGAGAUUACUGUCACAUUGGAGGAAGAAGAGGAGGUUGGAGAUCCGUUUAACACAAGAGAGAUACUUCACUAUUGUGGAUCAUCUGGGGAGCCUCAACAAUUUCAAGAUGCUGAAGAGGCAGAGAAGAGUCUCUCCAGAUCAGAACACCUCAAUAAACGCCAGCGGAGACCCACAGGGAGGAGAACUCACUGCCGCUCUGACUGUGGGAAGAGAUUCACCUCAUCAGGCAUUAAAAUUCAUCAGAGAACACACACAGGAGAGAAACCUUAUA